AUGCUUGCCAUACGCGAUAUCAGUGCGUGGGCCAAGCGUUGUUGGGAAGACUGGACAACUAAGGAACGCCCUACGUACUAUGAGGUCCUGCGAGCCGGUGGAAAUGCAGAAAACCUGCGGCUCCGGUUGGAGUUGUUCGUGAUUGAAGUGAAAAUAAAAUUUCCCGAAUAUGCUACCGAGGCCACAGAACUCGUCGAUCAAGUUCUCAAGGCUCUUCGUCAUGACCAUGGUGGACGUAGACCCGAAGAUGUGUUUAUAGUCUGGUUAAACAAGGAAGUACCCAAUCGGGAAUUUUUUGCUACACCUGAGCAUGAACAGACCAUGCUAAAGUUAUGGGAGAGAUGGUAUGACACGGAACAACUGGAAAAAGAGUUCUGGGGCAUAAGGCUGCAUCAUGAGAAAGGGGUACAAUAUGGAUGGAUGUACCUGACCGAGGAGCGCGUUUCACAAGGAUUGCAAUGCUUGCGGGAAUGGCUCGAAGGGCGCCAGGCCAAUCCAGCAUGUUAAGUCAUGGAAGGUCUUACCAUUUGGAGGAAGACGGAGAAACAGAACCGUGCUCAUCCACUUGGAAUAUACAACUCCAGAUACCGAGAGCAUUAACACUCUGAACAAUCCUUUGAAAUACUGGAUGCAGGACUCCUAGCGCCGUGCAGCAAGAAGAAAAGCAUCCUAGGAUUUUUAGGCUGUUCGCCCAUGAAUACUCCGCUGCUUGCAUUCACGGGUGGAGCGUCAAGAGAGAUAGAAGAAGGGGAGAAGAGGGUGGAGAACAGGGGGUAGAAGAAAGGGGUAGAAGAAAGGUGUAGAGAAAAGGGUAGAAGGAGGGGAUGGAGAACCAGACGGAGGACCAGUAAGAGUGCUAGGAGGAGGAUUGGAAGAAGCAGUAGCUGUGUUU